CAUUAGAUUCUUGCUUGCUUUUGUGUGCCCUCAAAUUCAAUGACCACCCCUUCUUCCUCUGCCUUUACUAGAAUCCGGUCCUAUAUAAGUUAAAAGCUCAAGCUCCCCACUAGAAUUGAGAAUUGGCUUAGGCUCCGUCAUGGUGUCCUUGCAAGAAGCCAUGCCUCUCGAGAAGAAGUCAUGCCGCGAAGCAAAGAACUUCUACACUAAGAAGAGGAAGAUGGGAGAAGGUGAAGAGAGGGAAGAAGGGUUGUUCGUCAAGGAGAUGAAGGUGGAGAAAGAGGCGAUUGAGCUCACUCUCGAUGUUCCCUUGCCUUUGGAUUGGCAACGAUGCCUCGAUAUAAAGUCCGGCGAAAUCCACUUCUACAACACAAGGACGCAGCGGCGGACGUCGACGGACCCCCGGCUGAUCUUAGACCCGCCGGCCACCGCCCCGUUGAGCCUCGACCUCGAGCUCAACCUCUCCAGCCGCCACUCGACGCCCAUAAGGCCCCCGGCGCCGCCACUGGAGAAGCCAAAGACGGACCACCGCGACGUCAAAGGCCUCUCCUUGUUGUGGAACUCGCUUGACGCCGGCGCCGGCGCUGAUUCCGACACCAAGGAGAUGGUGGCGGCCGUCUGCGCCCGCUGCCACAUGCUGGUGAUGAUGAGCAAGCCGGCCUUGUCUUGCCCUAACUGCAAAUUUGUGAACCCGCCAGAUCACAGCUUCUCGACGUGAUCAUGCCAUCGCAGGAAGCUGCUUGGGCUAAACUUGUGUCUCUGUGCCUAUAGCGGUUCAACCGCGGUGCUACAUUCGCAUAGUGUAGGGACUUGCGAGCACAUAUAGGCAUAUGCAAGUAUUAAUACACUAGUUAUAUUGAGAAGAAGCAAGAAGGGUUGGAAAUAAUGAGGAAAAGGCGGUGGCUUAGCGGAUGUUCAAUACUAUAUCCGCAAGAGAUCUUGUUAUGAAGAAAAGGUAAUGACUUAGGUGAGCAUGUAAGUUGUUAGGGUUAAUGUUGUUGUUUCUCUUGAGAUCUAGGAGGCAAAAAAUGGUAUUCUGUAAAUACUAUUUCAAUUGAACUUGCAUUAUGUAUAUUUCUCCAUUAAUGUGUGUAACUGAGGUCUUGAGUUUGUGAGACAAUUUAGCAUUUGAAGUUCAUGAUAAAAGAUUUGUUA